CGCCCUUGACACCACCGCUUUGUCAACUUUGGACCGACCAGCAAGUGGAGGGUCAAACUGCGAGCACAACCGGUCGUCGUGCAGCCAUCGACAUAUCCAGACGCAUUUGAUAGCCGACACAAGGCAGUUCAUGUAACAGAAUGUCUAUGCGAGGGUUAACGGUUUUUAUCGCCGACCUCCGCAAUUGUCGUGCGCGAGAGUUGGAGGAGAAGCGAGUGAACAAAGAGUUGGCCAACAUACGCUCUAAAUUCAAAGAUCCAAAUCUCAGCGGUCGACAAAAGAAGAAAUAUGUUUGCAAACUGUUGUACAUGUAUAUUCUUGGCUGGGAUGUGGAUUUUGGACACAUGGAAGCCGUUAACCUACUGUCGUCCAACAAGUACUCUGAAAAGCAGAUUGGAUAUCUUGCUGUAACCCUUAUGCUGACGGAAACCAAUGAACUUUUGCGAUUGGUGGUGAAUUCGAUGCGGAAGGAUUUGGAUGAUCCUAACGAAGUACACCAAUGUUUAGCGUUGCAAGCGAUCGCGAAUAUUGGUGCGAGGGAAAUGGCCGAAGCAUUAUCAAAUGAUGUUCUACGUUUGCUGACGACAAGCCAUACGCGAAGUUUUACCAAGAAGAAGGCUGCACUUUGCUUAUUGCGCUUAUACCGCCGACAUCCUGAUUUAAUUCCGGUGAAAGAGUGGGUCGGCAAACUUUUGGGUUUAAUGGAGGAGUCGGACAUGGCGGCGGCACUGGCAUCCACGAGCUUAAUUCUCGCAAUAGCCCAGCAAUACCCUGACGAAUCGGCAGGCUGUGUCCAGCGCGCAAUAUCAAGAAUGCAUAAGAUUGUGAUUGAAAAAGAGUACAGCCCGGAUUAUGUGUACUACAAAGUUCCGGUUCCCUGGUUGCAAGUGAAGCUCUUGCGUCUUUUGCAGUACUAUCCUCCACCCGAUGAUAAAACUGCUCGGAACAAAUUGAUCAAUGUGAUACAGACGAUUUUAAAUAAUGCGCAAGAUAUUCCAAAGAAUGUUCAACAUAACAACGCUCAAAAUGCAGUUCUUUUUGAAGCAAUAAACCUCGCGAUUCAUCUGGAUCCCGAAUCGGAGAUCGUGGUACAAGCAUCGGCACUGCUCGGGCGAUUUAUAUCAUCAAAGGAAACCAACAUUCGGUACCUUGGGUUGGAGACGAUGGCUCAUCUCGCCGGUUUCGCCGAAUCGCUCGACACAGUGAAAAAGCACCAGGAAACCAUUAUUCAAUCGUUGAAAGACAAGGACAUUAGCGUACGACGCCGGGCUCUCGAUUUGCUGUACAGUAUGUGCGAUGUCACAAACGCAAGGGCUAUCGUUUCAGAACUUCUGCAUUACUUGACAAUUGCCGACUAUGCAAUCAGAGAGGAGAUGGUGUUGAAAAUUGCGAUUCUAACGGAAAAGUUUGCAACGGACUACAGCUGGUACGUCGAUGUUAUUCUCCAGCUCAUAACUAUUGCGGGAGAUAGUGUGAGCGAUGAGGUGUGGUACCGCGUUGUCCAAAUCGUAACAAAUAACGAAGAUCUUCAAGAGUACGCUGUCCGUACAGUUCUGAAUGCUCUGAAAUCACCUACAUGCCAUGAAACGACUCUCAAGGUGGGGGGCUACAUUUUGGGAGAAUUUGGACAUCUGAUUGCGAAUUCCGCCGGUGGAACCCCAAUGGAACAGUUCAUGGCUUUACAUUCAAAAUUUGGCAUGUGCACUGGUGCUACAAGGGCACUGCUCUUGUCAACUUAUCUUAAGUUCACCAAUGUUUUCCCCGAAAUUAAAGAUCAAGUUAUACGAGUCUUCAAGCAAUAUCGAUUUGUACUUGAUGUGGAACUACAGCAGCGGGCUUGCGAAUAUCUAGCCAUUGCUACAAUGCCUAGUGAUGACUUACUACAGGCUGCUUGCGAGGAAAUGCCCCCUUUCCCUGAACGGGAGUCUGCCCUGUUGAACCGACUUCACAAAAAGAUUCAGGAUACCGAGGAUAAGCGUACAUGGCAAAUUGGUGGGAAGGACGCUAAUAAGGAGGCGAUGAAAAAGGCGGAUCGUCGUCGUUCUGCCGUUGAACGUUCUCAAGAGAACAUCGCCGCGACUACAUCGAGUCAGCAGCCUGCACGGUCAGAAAUGGAUGAGCUACUCGGACUUGCGACCGAACCAAUUUCUCAACCUAGCCCGGAACAUAAUUAUAACAAGUUGAUCUUGGAAGCGAACGGGGUGCUAUACGAGGACCAAUAUAUCCAGAUCGGUAUCAAAUCCGAAUAUCACAAUAACCUAGGCCGAAUGGCAAUUUUCUUCGGGAACAAAUCGACGUCCACGAUAACGAACCUGAACACAAAUCUUCAGUCAGGUGAAGGAGUGAAGACUACGCUGAUUCAGCCGAUCGCCAGCACUGUUCCACCGGCUACGCAAUACAACCAAAUGUAUAACGUGGAGUGUCAUGAUGUGGUUGGACAUGAAGUAAUAAUGCUCGUGAACUACAGUAUCGGAUCUCACCCCAUAGAACUGAACAUCAAGAUGCCAAUUGUGCCUUCCAAGUUUGUUUCUGCGGUAGAACUCAGUUCUACGGACUUCUUUGGACGAUGGAAGCAAAUCGGUGGGGCGCCAAGGGAGAGCCAAUAUAUCGGGAAACUGCGAUCCACAGAUGUGAGCAGAAUGAGGGAUCUCAUCAAAGGGCUCAAUUUCAGCUUGCUUGAUGGCGUUGAUCCAAAUCCAAAUAACCUGGUUGGCGCUGGAAUCUUUAGCUCAACCAAUAUGGGUAAAGUGGGAUGUCUGAUGCGGCUAGAGCUGAACCUAGAUCAGCAGAUGUAUCGAUUUACGCUACGGACGACAAAUGAGUCUGUAACCGAAGUGUUGGGGCUUCAAUUCAAAGAAGCCGUUGAAGGCCAAUAGCCGUUUUGAUCAAGAAUAUGGCUAUGUAUUCGUACAAUGUAAUCUAUUUACAAGGUUUUAAACUGUGGACCCAUGCUGUUUAAUGCUCUUCAUUGCAAACCCACAAAUACUGUCACUGAUAUAGACCUUGUUCCCCUAUAUAUUUGACUACCGAGUCUGGCAGGAGGUAUUUGAUAGAUAGGCGCCGCUUAACGAAG